UGUUGUACUCAUAACGAUCUUUAUCAAAACGACCUUUAAAUUGAUUUUCAAAAGGAUUCACAUUCUUUUGGUAUUUAUUUUUCGCAAUCUGGAAGACAAAUCUGUUAUCUUAUCUAUAACCUUGCAAUGUGGCAAUAAUGUUUUCAAAACGUUGUCAGGGGUGAUUUCAUUUAAACAAAAUGGCAGAGAGCGUACCCGAACAAAGACUGGGGACUCCUCAGAAACACCUCCCGACGUGUGACAAACAUAGUGAACUUAUUGAUAUUUUCUGUGAGGACUGUGAUGAAUUCAUUUGUACUGACUGUGCCAAAACGGACCACAAAGAUCACAACUGGGUCACAAUAGUCAAGGCGGCCAGUCAAAGGAGGAGACAACUCUUCCGGUUUAUACAGAAUAUCAAGGGAAAGAAAGUACCAGAAAUGGACAGAAUAAUAGAACAUACAUCGAUCAUGAUGAGCGAAAUUGAAAAGCGAGGCGAAAGCGAAAUGCAAAAGAUACGGAAGCACUUUGAGGAAAUCAUAGCGAGACUUAAAGAAAAAAAGACAGGUCAUCAAAAAACUCUUGAAGACAAUCUCAUUGAAAGAUAUGAGCAGGUGAAUUGUUCGAAAACAAAGUACGAAGGACAGAAAAAAAAGCUUGUUGAGAUGGUGAAAUUGAUGGAGGAGAAUAAUAGCACCAUGUCUGAUUACAAAUUGAUUAAUCAUCACAGAGAAAUGUCACAACAUGUGUCUGCUAUGGAUGUUGACACAAAGAUCUGUGAUUUUUCAUUGAGAUACAUAUUUCGAAAACCCAAUGAUGACGAAUUGGAUUUUCUGAUGGGACAAAUGUUUGAUUUAAAGAACAUUAGAGCUACUGAAACAAACUCAUUUCAAUACAGUGAUUCACGUACUACCAUACUGAAUGCCUUUAGUGAGAAUGAUACUUAUAUCAAAUAUUUUAAGUCGGAUUGCAUUGAACAUAUCAACAAACAAGGUGAUAAGAAACAUAAAUACAAUGUUACUGCGAGUGACAUCUGUGUGACAGAUACCGGUGAUGCUUAUUUCACUGACUAUAAGGACAAUACCAUCGGCCGUCUGUCUCCGUCCGGAUCUGUCUCUACAGUAGUCAGUACACUUCCACUGUCACCGAUAGCAAUCUGUCAGUCAAUCAACGGUGGUCUUCUGGUCACUUUGAAAGACAGUAAAACAAACUCAUUUGAAUUAAAAUCUGACAGCAAACGUCUGUUGCGUCACAUAACGAUGACUGGUGACGACAUUCGUGAGUAUGAGUUCCAGGAGGACGGGAAGACCAGACUGUUUACUGUACCUAUCAAAGUCAAACAGAACGGUAACUCUGACAUCUGUGUUGCUAAUUACACAUCUGAUGUUACGGGUAACGUGGUGAUUCUGUCAUCCUCUGGUUGUCUGAGAUCUGUCUAUCACGGACAGAACCUGAAUAAGGACUUUUGUCCGUGUGACGUGGUGUGUGACUCUCGAUGUAACAUCCUUGUUACUGACCUCAACAAUCAUCGGAUCCAUCUGCUGAGUCCUGGCGGAGAGUUCCUGAAAUUUUUACUGACUGAGAAUGAAGUAGAUAAUCCAUUCAAAUUAUCUCUGUUUGGAUCUACCCUGUGGGUGGGGAAUUUUAAAGGCACUGUAAAACUGUUUCAGUUUCAAUAUUGAUCGGUAGAGUACAAGCUUUCUGACGUAACUUUGGAUUAAAUAGUGGAAAUAUGUGUUGUGAUCCACACUUUAACAUAACCUAAAUAACGUCUUGAGUCAAUUGAUCGGAUAAGUUAUAACUUGGAUUUAUUAUUCGUACUUUACCUACCUUUCAGUAACGACUGGAUAUUAAGAAACUCCCAUACUAGCAACAGUCACUGAAAUUGUGUGAUAUACAUUACGUAUUGGCUUUGUAAAAUAGCAUCACAAUAUAAAUGUUUUGAGACUUUGAAUUGAAUGUGAUGUUUUCCUGUCAUCUCUCAAAUAAGUUUUAAAAUAGUUAUUUCAACUGGUUUAUCCUGUCAUAUGUUUGAAUCAACUUACGAAACAUUCUCUUUACAUACGAAUUACAUAUGUACGAGUUACUUAUAUAAUAGAGUAUGGAA